AUGGAGGAGGAAAUCAGAAAUCGGACAGAAUCUGCGACAGAUGGAAUAUCUAGAAAGCCGAUAGAAUUGGAUAUUUCGGACGAGUCAAGUCCAUUAUUGGUGUUCUCUUCGGCCGAUGUAUCAAAUGCCCUAGGACUUAAAAUUGUUUCAAGGUUAUAUAGUCGCCACCAACGAGUUGGUCUUGCUUUGCAAGGAAUUUGUUCUGAUUAUGUUCCGACAGCGAUAGAGGCAUUCAAUGCAUCUGAAUUUGAAGGGCCGAUAGGGGUAAAUAUAAGUGCACUUGAGAGUGCUGGUGUAAAUUUGACAGAAUUAGCCGAAAAAUUGAGGAAUGACACGGAGGUGGAUGAUAUUCUCUCUAGAACAAAAGAUAUGGAUAAACAAGUUGGGGGCAGCUUCAUUCUUCCGGUGGGGUUGAAUUUUGUUUUGGUUUAA